UUCGGGAAUUGAGUUUCACUUUCAUUUCUGAUCUAAAAAUGGGCUUUUCGCUGUCAAAGAAAACAUGGGCUAUACAUUUUUUGUUGUACACAUGUUUAAGUGCGACGUCGUCCGCGCUGUUCGCUCAGAAAAAUGGGAACAUAACUCUUAAGGCGAACAUCAAACAAGGGAUUCAGGAAAUUCUGUGGAAGUUUAAAGGUAACAAAGUAGCCGACUGGGAUGAAGAAUCCGGUGUGAAGGACUACUUGCAAUUCAAAGGAAGAAUAUCUCUCGUUCCAAAAACAGGCGAUCUUACCAUCUUCAGUUUGAAAUCAGAAGACACUGGGUUAUAUGAAGGAGAACUUGUUAUAAAUGAAAAUAUACACACUGUCAAAGACGACUUAAUGAUAAUUGAUCCUGUGUCGAAAUCCAGCAUCACCUGCAAGAUAAAUGAUGAUGGCAACGCAACUUUACUCUGUCAGGCUGAAGGUCCUCAUCUUAGUUACAGUUGGUCUGGUCCUGGCCUUAAAACAGGUUUUAUUGGCCAGAUUGGGCCAAAUAUCUCCAGGGUAGAGAACACAAAUUCAGAUUACUCCUGUGUGGUAAAGAACCCAGUCAGUGAGAUGACUGAGUAUUUCAGAGCUGCUGACUGUUUCGCAGGUCAGGAAGAAAUUGGAGGAGGAUCAUGGUGGUUCCUGCUUUUCCUAUUUUUUGUCAUCCUUGUUGUCAUCCUUGUGAUCAUUUUAUGGAAGAGAUGCUCAAAAGAGAGUAAACAUCCGGCAUGUAAACUACAGGGAAUAGAUGAUGAAGAGGAGAAUGGGCAUAGAGAGACAGAUAACUCUACCUCUCCACCUCUCAAGUCUCCUCUGCCUCUUCCUCUGAAGCCUGUUCUAGUUGAUGAAGAAGCAAAGAUGGAGACUAACAUUACUACAUCUACUCCUCCUCAAGUUAACAAAAAUUGUCUACCUGUUCCUCCCAAACCACAAGUUCCUUCUCCACUCAAGCAGAAUAAUGCUGCACAUUCCGAGGAAUCGUGCAGUGACAUGGCUAAUGAUAUUGAUGAUGGAGAGAAGACAGAGACCUCUCCACUUCUCAAGUCUCCUCCGCCUGUUCCUCCCAAGCCACUCUCAGCAGGCAUCCCUCAGAAUAAUGCCACCAUUUCAGAACAAAAUGGUAAAGAGAGAGGGACCGAAGCAAAGAUGGAGACUAACUUUGCAUCUCCUCAAGAUAAUCCAUCAUAUCGUCCACCUGUUGCUCCAAAACCCCAAGUUCCUCCCUUUUCACCAGGCAGUGGUCCAAAUGAAGAGGAAGGAAUACAAGUGGUGGAGACACAUAUAACCACUCCUGAGACAACUGCACCUACGCCUCCUCCCAAGCCAUCUCGGUUAGACAGCAGUCAGAAUGCAGACGCCAAUCCAGCUGAGGACACCGAUGAAGCAUAGCUGGAUGUAAAAGAGAGAGCUUGAUGAUCUAUACAGUCAUUAUUUUGAGUUUGUGUCAGCUAAACAUGACAACAUUAACAUUGUACAUUCUGUUCUGGCGACAAGUGCUGUCUAGCUAGACAUCCCAAGUCUUCCGAAGUUUUGGGAGUCUCCCACAUAUUGAUAGCGGCUUCCUGAC